UAUCUGUACAAAGUGAACACGUUAUGCCCAAAAAAGUGAAAUUAUUCCCACCAUACAUCUAACCCCACCUGAACAAGCAGGACUUCACUUCGAUCAUGUCUUUCAUUUCCACUCUCAGAAGAUCCAUCUCACCCUUCAUCUCACACUUUUCAAUCCAACGCUUCCAGAUCCUCCACCCUUCCACCUCAUCGCUUCUCAACUCCCGGAACGGUGUUUUCGCCGUCAUUCUCGCCGGCACCAGUCUAGGGUUUCUUCUCUACACCACCGACUUUGAUUCAACUCUCUUUCAACCUUCACUCUCUUCUUUUGUUGACUUGUCUACACCGGAUUCCGAAGACCAAAAUGGAUCUCGUUUUUCACCUUCUUCGUUGUUUGCGAAAUUGUCACUUCCUGAAACUUCUGGUACCUUCAUUUUUGGAGAGGCGUUCAGGAGAAAGGUUUUUUUCAAUUAUGAGAAGCGCAUGCGGUUGCGAAGUCCUCCGGAAAAGGUUUUUGAAUAUUUUGCAUCUUAUCGAUCACCACAAAGAGAAGUACUCAUGAUGCCGGCAGACCUAAUGAGGGCUGUAGUUCCUGUUUUCCCUCCAUCUGAAUCUCACCUUGUUAGAGAUGGAUACUUGAUAGGAGAAAGAAGCCCUGGCCAUUUAUGCUGCUCUCCUUCAGAAUUUUUUAUGCUUUUCGAUCUAAACAAUGACGGACUUAUAUCUUUUAAAGAGUAUAUCUUUUUUGUAACGCUACUCAGCAUCCCAGAAUCAAGAUUUUCUGUGGCAUUUAAAAUGUUUGACGUGAACAACAAUGGAGAGAUAACCAAGGAAGAAUUCAAGAAAGUGAUGGCAUUGAUGCGAACUCAUCAUCGACAAGGUGCUCAACACAGGAAUGGACUGCGAACUGGUCUGAAGGUGAACGAUUCUGUGGAAAAUGGAGGGCUGUUGGAAUACUUUUUUGGUGAAGACGGAAAGGGUUGCCUCCAAAUUGAUAAAUUUGUACAAUUUUUGCGAGACUUGCACGAAGAAAUGCUGAAGCUGGAGUUUGCUCACUAUGACUACAAAUCUCGAAAAACAAUUUCAGCCAAGGACUUUGCACUCUCCAUGGUUGCUUCCGCCGACAUGAGUCAUCUAGGCAAGUUGCUUGAACGGGUUGAUGAAUUGAAUAAUAAUCCAUGCUUUAAGGACAUGCGCAUCACAUUUGAGGACUUCAAAAACUUUGACGAGCUAAGGAAAAAGUUAUUUCCAUUUUCAUUAGCCCUUUUUAGUUUUGGAGAAGUAAACGGCCUGUUGACGAGAGAUGAUUUUCAGCGAGCAGCGUCACAUGUUUGUGGCAUUUCUCUCUCGGACAAUGUGGUUGAGAUUGUUUUUCAUUUGUUUGAUACAAAUCAAGACGGAAACCUGAGUACAGACGAAUUUAUCAGAGUGCUACACAAACGAGAAAGGGACAUCGGACAAUCAUUGGAAACAGGAAUGUUGGGUUUGUUGUCUUCUUGCUGGAACCGAAAACAAAACAUCUAACCUUCUAGGUUGUUUUCCGGAUAGGUAAAAUUACUUCCACAGCCAUUUUAGACCAGAAAUUAUACAGUAAUUAUGAGCCCUUGUUUGGAAGAGAGAAAAGAACAAGAUAAAAGAAGAAAAGGUGGGCACAAAAAUAAAUCAUUGUUGACAGCUUAGAAAUAGCAAAGAUGUAUUGUUGUAAAAAAAAUCUAUGCCAAUCAUGUCUGACAGUUGUAAGUUGUAACUACAUAGGGACCCUUUCCAGCUUUGUAACCAAUAUAAAACAUUUUUUAUGUUCAAUGAAAUUUGUAUUUUUGAA